CGACAUUCUCAAUUUUAUAUUUGACUCUCACCUUCGGCGCUAAUAUCACGUUAUAUAACUUACUUUGCCAAGCACCUACCAAUGUCUCCUCCACUUCGAACACUCGGCCACAACGGCCCCCAGGUCAACGCGGUUGGCCUAGGCCUUAUGAGUAUUGGCGGGAUCUACGGCGCUGCUAGUUCUAUCGAGGAAGGAGUUGCUUUCCUAGACCACGCAUAUGCCACUGGUCAGCGCUUCUGGGACACAGCAGACAUGUACCUCAGCAGUGAGGAAAUCGUGGGCGAAUGGAUUAAGCGGUCCGGCAAGCGCAGCGAUAUUUUCCUCGCCACCAAGUUUGCUGUUCAGUCAUUCGAUGGGAAGGGGUUGACUGUUAGCUCGGAUCCCGAGUACGCCAAGUUGGCUUGCGAGAGAUCCCUGAAGAAACUGAAUGUCGACACUAUCGAUCUGUACUAUUGUCACCGAGUUGAUGGGGUGACACCAAUCGAGAAGACCAUCGAGGCAAUGGUUGAGCUAAAGAAUGAAGGAAAGAUUCGAUACAUCGGUCUCUCCGAAGUCUCAUCUGCAACACUGCGUCGAGCCCACGCUGUCCACCCGAUCUCCGCUCUCCAGAUAGAAUACAGCCCCUUCGCGCUCGACAUCGAGUCGCCUAACUCUGAUAUCCUGGACACCUGCCGGGAGUUAGGCGUUGCCGUUGUAGCCUACAGCCCUAUCGGCCGUGGUAUCCUGACCGGACAAUUCAAGUCCACGGCUGACUUGCCCGAGAAUGAUUUCCGCCGCUUCUUCCCCAAGUACUCGGAGGAGAACUUUCCCAGGAUCUUGGAGCUAGUGCAGGGACUGAACGAUGUGGCCAAGGCGCACAAUAGCACUUCUACCCAGAUCGCGAUCGCGUGGUUGCUCGCGCAGGGUCCCGAUAUCAUUCCCAUCCCAGGGACAAGGGCCAUUGCUCGUAUGGAUGAGAAUGCUGCGUCGGCGCAGAUUCAACUAUCGGACGAGGAGCAGCGCACUAUUCGAGAGUUGAUCAAGCGGGCAGAGGUUCCUGGUACUCGGUACCCUGAAGGGAUGAUGAGCCAUAUCCUUGCGGAUACUCCGGCACUGUAAUGGCAAAUAUAUAUGUCUAUCUCUAUCUUUGUAUAGGUCGAAGCAAUUUGAAAUCAUAAGUUGACCAGACUCAAGGUACAAUUUUGGCCCAUGUUGACUAUAACUUAAGAACUUUACGAACUGCUGCUAGUAAGAGAGCGAGGAGGGUCUAUUUACAUUCGAUAUAGGUUGUAAAUAUCAUUUAAU